UAAGAACCAAAGUGAUAUGUGAAAUGAGCUAAUACGGAUUUGGAUCCAUGUCUACAGGGUGGAUUAGCGAGGGCCUGGACCUGUGGCAGAUGGGCAGCACCCCGAUCCAGCUCACCAAGAUCAAACUGGGGAAGCUCCAGAUUGUUCGCCGACGCUUGCUCCAGCGCUAUGAGUACCAGCCUUUCCUCUCCUGCCUAGCAGGACUCUACGGCUGUCAGUGGAGACGUUACCAACGCACCCGGAUCCUGCCUGGAGAAUUCUGCUGCAGCAAGUUUGAGUUAUUCUGCUUUGGAAUUCUGGUCUCGACAUUUGGCCUGGCUUUUGUACUCCUUUACUUUUGGGGGGAAGCCAAGAACGACUACAAUGAUUUUGAUUGGAAUUUUUAUAGCGGCAAGUGGAUUCCCUGGUCUAUAGUGGUCCUUGGGGUGACAGCCACAUUUUUUACAUACAUCGCUAUUUUACUGGUCCUGGCGAUAUGUUUACUCAGUGAAGGUCAACGUCUGCACCUAUUCUGGGGUCACAAGAUUGGGAUUGUUCUGGUAUUAGCUGUGUGUGCUGUUGCAAUUGGUUUCUUGUACAAUCAGUGGCAUGAAGAAUGGAAUACAUUCACCCUCUCCUUUCAGGUCACUGCUCCAUACCUGCACAUUGGAGCUGUAGCAGCAAUGACCGUCCUUUCCUGGCCAGUGGCUCAACACUUUGCCAGGAUGAAUAGAAAAGUUCCCAGAGCCAUCAUUUUGGGUCUAUAUUCUGCUGUUCUCCUUUUCCUCUACCUGGUGCCACUCGGUAUGUAUUCUCCCUGCAUCAAAGAGAAGGGGACCCUGGGGCCAAAACCAGCUAUUAUUGGACACAGAGGAGCACCAAUGUUAGCACCAGAAAACACAUUGAUGUCAUUUGAGAAGACGAUAGAACAUGGAGCAGAUGGUCUAGAGACUGAUGUCACCAUUAGUUGGGAUGGAGUGCCGUUCCUCAUGCACGACCAAACGCUGAGAAGGACCACCAACAUUGAAGAGGUGUUUCCAAGCAACAAGACCAAGAAUGCGGCCUCCUUUAUUUGGAAUGAACUGGCAGAACUGAAUGCAGGGAAAUGGUUUCUCCAGGACAACCCUUUCGGAACGAAACAUUUGUUGUCACGUGAGGACAGGGAGAAGGCCAACAGGCAGUCAAUCUGUCAGCUCAGUGAACUCCUCAAGCUGGCUGCUACCCAUGGGAAAUCGGUCAUCUUUGACCUGUUCAGGCCCCCCCACAAGCACCCGUACCGAAACAGCUUCAUACACCAGACUGUCACCACCAUCCAGAGGUCUGGGAUCAACGAGAGCUUGGUUCUCUGGCUGCCCAACGCUAUGAGAUCAUUUGUGCAGCAGAUGAUGCCUGGAUUUGUGCAUAUUCACGGGGGAAAGAAGCCCAUCAAAGAGUUACAGGAGGACAAAAUUGACGAACUUAACAUACGCUACAGUGAGAUUUCCAGCCAAGAGAUCAGAAUGUAUGCAGCUGCCAACAUCAGCACAAACCUCUAUGUCGUGAGCGAAUUGUGGCUCUUUUCUUUGGUAUGGUGCUCCGGUGCCCAUUCCGUCAUCACCAACGCUCCUCAGCAGCUGAAGGAACUCCACUGGCCCUGGUUUCUAAUGACCCCUUCUCAGUACAGAACGAUGUGGAUUUCAGCAGAUGUUGUAUCAAUCGCAUUGAUCCUAAUAAUAUUCACCUUCAAUUGGUGGAGAGAAAACGGAUUGCCAUGCUUUCCAACUGAGAGAAGUGGCAGUGAUAACCUGGUUUACAGCAAGUUCCAAACAGAUCAAUUUCACCACACCAUGCGGAGUCUGAUUGUGAAAAUUCAACCCUGCCUUUCAGAAAUGAACAACGUCUGGUCCAUUUCCAGAGAAGCCAACAGCUGCGAUGACAGAACGUCGAACACAACUCCUACAGCAGAAGCCAUUGGCCUUGCCUGACCAGCAGUUAGAAAAUAAAUGGAAGGUGUUGUCAGGGUGUAGUUGCGGGGGUGGAGAUAGCAGUGGGAGAGAGGAGGAAUGGUAACAUCCCACCCCCCCCCCCCCCACACAUACACACAAAUGGAAAAAGUGACAUCCAUUUGCAUCCUUUCCCCAGCAUCGCUGGCUUUGGGAGUCCACUAACUGGAAGUUCCCUCAUUGUACUCGGGCAGAUCAAGGACCCACUGAAUUGAUCUUGUGAUUCAAUUCACUCGCGAUAAGUGGGUCACUGACAGGGCUGACAUCAUUCGUUCAUCUCUUAAGUGGCUAGUGAGAAAAUGGCACACUAGGCGAGGGAUUGGCCGACCACGCCACUUGGAGGGGCAGCAAAGAGUCAGCCGUGUCGGGGGUGGGGGGAAGCCCUUCCAUCUCCACUCGAUCUUCAGCAGCCGCAGUCAAACCCUGGAACUUUCUGCACUAACUUUGUGACUUGUGUUUGAUCUUAAUAGCUACGUGCAAAUGUGGAGGGGAGCUUGGUGGGAGGGGGGAAGAGAAUGGAAGCAGUGACUUUAGUGUUUUAUUUAAGAAUAAAAUGAAAAGUCGA